GCCUAUAAAUGCAAACUGAAGCAAAGAAAUGGAGGGGAGGAGUGGGAACCGCCGAGCGACGGUAGGAGGGUAAAUCCCCUUUUGUGGAUUCCUUUUAAAUCUAUCACCUGAGAUUCAAUAGUCCACCGGAUAUCGAAAAUGGGUGUUGAAAUUCAUCGGAAAAUCGACGGACAAAAUGGCGUUACAUCUGUCGCUGCCGCGCCGGUGAUAGUGGGGCUACAGCCGUCGGCUCUGGUGGACCACGUGGCAAGAGUUGAUUGGCCACUCCUCUCCCGUAUCCCAGGGGAGCCUGGCGGCUCCUUCCCUGUGGCUACCGAUGAGCUGAAGUUCAUCUUGAGUGAGCUUCAUGCUCAUAUCAAUGAUUCUCCAGAUAACACGUCUCCAUUGAAGACCAUAGCAGGUGGGAGUGUAGCUAACACAAUUCGAGGCCUAUCAGCCGGUUUUGGAAUCACUUGUGGGAUAAUUGGGGCUUGUGGGGAUGAUGAUCAGGGAAGAUUGUUUAUAAAUAACAUGAGCUUCCACAAAGUUGAUCUUUCGAGAUUAAGGUUGAAAAACGGGCAUACAGCACAGUGUGUGUGCUUAGUUGAUGAAUUGGGGAAUAGAACAAUGAGGCCAUGCCUCUCAAGUGCCGUAAAAGUUCAGGCAAAUGAUUUGACUACUGCAGAUUUGAAAGGUUCUAAGUGGCUCGUGCUGAGGUAUGCAAUAUUUAAUAUAGAAGUUAUUCAGGCAGCCAUUAAAAUUGCUAAGCAAGAAGGUGUCUUUGUCUCGCUAGAUCUGGCCAGUUUUGAGAUGGUGAGAAAGUUCAAGUUGCAACUCUUACAGUUACUGGAAUCAGGGAGCAUAGAUCUUUGCUUUGCCAAUGAGGAUGAGGCUGCCGAGCUACUGAGCGGUGAAGACGAAGACAAAUCCGAUCCGGAGUCAGCUCUUGAAUUUCUUGGGAAACACUGCCAAUGGGCUGUAGUGACAUUAGGCUCAAAGGGAUGUAUCGCAAAACACGGAAAAGAGGUUGCGCGUGUUCCAGCAAUAGGGGAGUCAAAAGCAGUGGACGCAACAGGUGCAGGGGACCUAUUUGCAAGCGGGUUUCUGUAUGGACUUGUGAAGGGACUCUCGCUUGAGGAGUGCUGCAAGGUGGGUUCAUGCAGUGGUGGCUCGGUUAUACGUUCUCUUGGGGGUGAGGUGACUCCCGACAACUGGCAGUGGAUGUAUAAACAACUGCAGACCAAAGGGCUUCCUGUCCCAGACCAGUACUUUGCUCGAGAUCUUUAACAAUCUAAUUGUAAUUUUAGUUUUUCUAUAAUUAUUUGGACUGUUGAUUCAGCUAUUAAUCAUGUGGUUGGAAGCAUAAGGACAGUUAUUUGAAAGUUGCAUAUUGGGGGAGUGCUUCUCUUUCUCUCUCUCUCUCUCUUUCUCCUUGGUGUGUAUGUUUGUGAAUAUUUAGUCGUUGUGUGCUGCACGCUCACGUUUAAAAUCCGACAUUUUAAAAGGAAACAAGAGUGUAUCCAAAUUUGCUACAUCAAGGUCUUGUUUUGAUUUCCAGCUUCCUAAUGAAUGCUAUGACA